UUAUCUCGGGAUCAAUUGCCUAUUUUUGAUCGAUGACACCAUUGUCUUAAUAUACAGCCAAUCAGCGUGGCUUCUCCCAAUCACGUGACCAUUGUUUAUUUAUUUACCAGAGGAAAAAGCCACGCUAAAUUGCAAGGGAAAAUUUUGUCGAAAAAAAACGCAUUUCCAGUUGGUUCUACGUAAAUUAUGUAGUGCUACAGUUUCCGUCCCUUGCUGUGAUCAUUUAUUAACGUGAAGUGCCAGAUAUUUCACAACAGGAAAGGAGUUUCACUACAUUUUUCAGUGUACAGCCAUGCCUCCAAAGAGGGGACAGAAGUCCUCAGGUGCUACAACAGCCAAAAAGCGAAGGGCAGUCCAACCGACAGAAGGAAGUCAAGCCAUAUCACUAGACCUGCCGCCUGUGGGACCACCUGCUCAAAACAAUGGACUCACAAACAUUGACUAUGACAAAUUAGCUGUGGCAAUUCUAAAGCACUCACAAGGGCACAAUGGGCUAAACGUUCCAACUCAGGAGGCCCCUUCAGUGCCAGGACCUACGUCCCACUCAGCUGACACAUCACCAAAACCUACAGCAGAUCCACAACCACCUUCAGUUCCAGGUCCUUCAUCUCUGCAACCAACAAACAGUGUGUCAAGUUCAACGCCAUUGUUGGGGGAUCUGUUAGAUCAAGUUUUUGCAGGAAGCCUUCCAGAUAGCCCCUCAUCUCAGUCCUGUACAGACAGAAGUUCCCAAGGACCUCUUAACAAUUUGAAUCCAGUCUGCAUGAAACUACUAGAAUCUGCUCUCUCAUCAUCAACCUCAAAAGUUUAUCGCCGAAGUUGGAAUUUGCUCCUCAAAUGGAAACCUGACAUAUCACUUCCAGUCUCAGUGACAGAUGUUUGUAACUUCAUAGGCCAUUUAUUUCUUCAAAAUUACUCACCCAGUACAAUUUUUUCCCACAUUUCAGCUAUCAGUUUCAUUCACAAGUUAUGUAGUAUCUCAGACCCUACUCAAGCCUUUGUGACCAAAAAAAUUCUUAAAGGGUGUCAAGCUGUAGGCUCAAGGAGGGACACACGCCUGCCUAUCACAGCAACUAUCUUACAGAAACUCAUUGCAGCCUUAGAACACACUGUGUCUCAGUAUUCACUCAGACUUCUUUUGCAAGCACUUUUCUUGGUAGCCUUUCAUGCUUUUCUGAGAUUAGGGGAAAUAACAGCGAAAUCAGUUAAAGCUACGAAUUGUAUUUUACAGAGGUCUGACAUCACAUUCAAACAGGAAAACGCUUUGUUAGAGGGAGUUCAAAUAAUUAUGAGGGAUUAUAAAACGAAUAAACACCAUGCUCCAAUAAUCAUUUUCCUUCAAGCAUGUCCCAGUUCCUUAUACUGUCCAGUUAAGGCGUUGCAUAAGUAUCUUGCCUUGUACAAACAUACAUCCGGGCCAUUGUUCCAGACCAUGGAUGGCUUGCCAAUUACAUACUCGGUUGCUACUUCACAUCUCAAAGCAGCAAUUCAGUUUAUUGGACUAAGUCCGGAUCAAUUUAAAGGUCACAGUUUCAGAAUUGGGGCAGCAACACAUGCAGCCUCACUUGGUUUUUCAGACAAUGUCAUUCAAAAACUGGGAAGGUGGAAUUCCGAUGCUUUUAAGCACUACAUUCGUAUUAAGUCCUUUCAUCUAUAAGUAAUUGACAUGCUCAAAUUUUUAG